AGGUGACGAGAGACAUUGUACCUGGUAUGGACAUCCUACAGUGUUCGGGGAUACCACCUGUUGUCUGGUAUGGAGCGGGCGUGUGUUUGCUGAUUUACCUGUACGGCAAGUGGCAACUUCGGGUGCUUCCAAACGCUGGGAUACCGGGACCCCCUCCGACUAUAUUCCUGGGAAACCUGAAGCAAAUGGCAACACUCGGCAUUGUCGACCCCCGUCGCACACACAGGAAAACCUACGGGAAGGUGUAUGGUCAGUUCCUGGGUUCGCUCCCAUUCAUUUUCGUUCAUGAUUUGGAUAUACUGAAGGAAGUGUUUGUGAAGAACUUCGCCAAUUUUAGAAACAGAAUGGCGAUGUUACAAGCUCUCAAAAUGAACCCCUACCCGUUAGAUAUGGGAGUCACCUUUGCCAGAGAUGACACUUGGUAUCGACUACGCAAUAUCAUGACUCCUUCCUUCACUGGGGCCAAGUUGAAACAUAUGUGUGGCCACAUCAACACAGCAGCAGAGUCGCUGGCCAGGAACCUGGUGGAGGCUGCAGGACACACAGACGCCACCUAUGUGAAAGAAUACUUUGUAGCUUUCGCUCUGGACACCAUUGCCGGAACAGCCUUCGGAAUUCAAAUUGACUCUCAGAAAGAUUUUUCCCACCCGUUUGUUUUCAAUGCGAAGAAUGUGUUUCCAAGUAGUUUUUUUCAAUGAUAAUUGUCUGCUACUUUCAGUGAUGUUCCCUUCGCUGAAGCCUCUGCUGAAGCUGUGUGGGGUCUACACAUUCGCUAGCAGCGUCGUCAACUUCUACCGAGAGACAGCUGAACGCAUCGUUGUACAGCGUGG